AGAGAUGCAUCGUUACGGUGGUUUCUUUCGCAAGUGUGUGUUGUGAUGGGUCUAGGUGGUUUGAUUAAUAUGGCGCACUGCACUUAAGUCUUGAGAUAGGAGGUUUUUGAUAUAGGUAUUGGUAGAUGCUUAGCUUAGCUUUCUUCACAGAGAAAGGUCGAAUCUCCCCCAAGCAAAAUCAUUUAUAUUGGCAGACCAUACAACCCUCACAUGAGUUGGGUAGGUGAUGCUGUGUAUCUCAUAUGCAUCGGUAACUGGCAGAAAGGCCUUGUUCAUCUGAAUUACCUUCCAGAAUAAGGACGCAUCAGGGCAAUCUUCAUAGGUAGACAUGCGUAGAUAGACUGGUAUAGUCAGUCACAUGGAGCAAAUCUCCAACAGGCCCCAUUGCCAAUACAGGUCACACCUGUCUCACGUAUUCAUUCAGUUGAAUCGUUCUUCUGACAUGUAUUUGCCUGUUUUCUUGAGGGGAAAACUAAGUAUUUCACGUUUUGAGCAUACUCAUCGUAGUCGGAUAUUCGCAUUGUACCACACAAUCAACCAUCUUGAAAGGGGGCCAUACGCGUGUAAAUAUCAUGGAAGCGCGAUGUUAGAAAUAACGCGAAGUUGUGGGUGUUGCUAUACGAUGCAUCUGCCCGAGUCAUUCAGGGGCUUGUGCGACUAUAAGAAAGUGGGAAAAUUUAACUUAAUUGGAAUUAUAUUAAUCACAACAGAGCUCUUUACAGUGUCUUUGGUGUCUUUGAAGGCAACAGAGUAUGUGAAUGCUGGCCUCAUAUUCACUGAAAAUGGCAUUUCACAGGUACUGUUAUAAUGCGCGCUGGUUUUCAUACCAUUAUACCAUUAACCCCACACAAGUAGUAAACUUUACCACAUGGCAGUGAAUAGUAUAGCCUUAUGAUGUGCGUAAAAGAUACCCUUCUUAUAGAUCCUCCGGCCAAUCUUCUUCCGUCGACAACAGCUGACAAUGUGAUGUCGCAAUAUACACGCCAAGACUCGAGCAGCUCUUCGUGGCUAUUUGAAUAGCGCGAUAGGGGUCUCUUUACCCGUGGAUGGCCAGGGCUGUCUAUCUAGGUAGGCUGUAUCGUGAGAGCGAAGCCUAGGCAAGUACAUGCAUACAUUCCUUUUAAGGAAGGACAGUACGAAUAGGUACCCAGCAGGCAAUUAUCUGGUGAUUCUGGUCGCCCGAUGCGGGCAUAAAAACGGGGUACAAAAAUGUCUUAGUUGAAUAGAGCUUCAGCGAUUGCUUUUCCUUCCCGCGACCAUACCGCGUCGCGCUGAGCUACUGCAUGCUCUCAUUGGAUGCUCCCCGACAAAGCUCAUCUCCUGUCAAACUACCCAAGUAGAUGCCCAGUAAUUAGUGUAAGACAAAGCGGGAAAUCUAGAUAAGGUUGCUGCAGCCUCCUUUAUAU